CUUAUUUUAAAAGAACGGAGACGGUUUAACUUCAGCGUACAAGGUUUUGCGAUUUGUAACGAUGAUUCCUCAAGAUUUUGGUGUACAUCAUUCACCAACACUGCUUACUACCAUUGAAGUUGAAAAGACAAAUAUAUGUCUAAUAUGUGGUGAUAAAGGAGAUUUGAAGAGCCUCAUAUACUGCGACCAGUGUAAAGCUUGUGCUGAGCAUAGUUAUUGUCUAGAUAAGUUCCAUACAGAAGAUGAUGGGACACUUAUCUGGAGAUGUGAGGACUGUGCUCCAAAUUAUCCCAAAAAAUGUGAAUCCAAAGAAUUGAGAAAAAGCAAGCGCAUAAGUCAUGCUGCUGAAGCCAAAUAUAAAAGGAUGAAAAUGAAAAAGGAGAGUGUUGCAGUUAGAAAACUGAAAUCUGUUAGAUCAUCUGAAGGUUUUCAUGCUGAAUGCCUUAGGAGAAAUGACAUUGAAAAGAGACAGCCGAUCCUUGAAGAUAAAAACAUCCUUUAUAAGGAGCCUGAAUCACCUAAAGGUCCUUUAAAUACUUCAUCUGACAAGCAAGCAUUGGAGCAUGAGAAAUAUGAAGCCUUGACGACUCCGCACCUUAAAUAUCCUGAAUUUGACCAGCAUAGUCGUGCUCACCCACUUAGUGAUCCAGUUUGGACGGGACAAUUUAUAUUGAACAAAGCAACAGAUUUUGGUCUAGUUGCUUAUGCAUCAAGCAAAGCUUGCUCAAAAGUGCUUUCAGCCGUAACAGUGCUUCCUACACUGCUUGAUGUAGAGAUAUUAUCGAGGUUUGCUAUUUGGCCCAAGAGUUUCGACAUGUUUCCUCCUAAUAGUGACAAUAUUGGUCUCUAUUUUUUCCCCCUGUAUGAAAGGGAUGAGUUGAGCUUUGAUCGUGUGCUGAAUGAUAUAAUUGAACAAGAAUUUGCUCUCAAGGCAGUCAUUAACAAUGUGGAGCUCCUCAUUUUUUCUUCACAUCUAUUACCUCCAAAUGAUAGGAGAAUUUGUGAAAAGUAUUAUUUGUGGGGUGCUUUCAAACCAAAGCCAAUGAGUGGGAAUAUUCAGUCCAGUUAAUCCUCUAAACAGAAAUAGUAGGUUGCUUCUUAAUCUGCCGUGUCAACUCUAUGAAAUCUCAUAUCAGCUCAGACUUGGCAUAUUUUCACGGUUCUCUAUAGGGGCGUAUGUUGGAAAUCUUAUCCUUUUGCUGUAAAUUUAGAAAACAUGUUAUGAUAGUUAUUCGAUUCAAUCACAUAUCUAAUUUCCAAGAAUUUGUAAAAAACACUACUUGUGUGUUUUCAAGUAACUAUUUCAGGUUAGCUGUAUAUCACAUUAGCUGUAAAAUGCCACCUUUGAUAGCUCUAGUUACCUUUCUGUUCGAUCAGUUUAUAACCAACUUCUAGAAUGGAAAUGUGUAGUUAUGGAUUCGGCAAUCCAUAAGGAUUUUUUGAAAUGCCACUCAAUGAAGUUCUAACUUUUUUUGUCAUGUUCUGAUGUAUUGAAUCCUACCAAGGGUAAAUUUAUUUUGAGAAAAAUGUUCUCUUAUUUUA